CGGCAUUCGGCAGUUGAAGCCGAAUAAAUGUGCUGUACAGUAGGGCAUCGUCAUCCGCUGCUGAAAUGCUCGCCGUAUCGAAUGGGCUUCGACAGCGGGAAUCCAGCACGUUUGUUUUCUUAACGGAUCACUACGAGCGAGAGUAGCGUGGUAGCAGUUGAGCGUAAUUCCCCUAGAUUUCGAGUAGAACUACUGGGCUUCCUUGUUCAUCACGAAAGAGCGUAAUUCUCGUAGGAACGCUUAGUUUACUCCAUAUGGGUUUGCCACUACCUCGUCUCCUCACAGGCGCUCGCUCAGGAGAACGUUUUUCCGCCGUUUUCUCUCUACAGCAGUUGCAAGUAGCGCUCCUUCCUUUGAGUCUACUCAAAAGCAGUCCCUCACUAGCACCACAAGGCCCACGCACAUCUUCCCCUCGACGUUUCCGACCUUUCCCAGACGGCCAUCGCCGCUCGGCACUCAUGCCUGCUCCAUUUUCCCCCGUCCCUUCAGUUUUUCUAGCCCUAACUGCGGGGCUGCUGCUGUCACAUACCCUCCCCGCCUGUCACGCGGUUUCCUCUUCCCCGCCUGGCGGUGACAAGGGCGUUGUUACAAGCAAGCACGCCAGCAAUUUCGUUCGCGAAGAUGUUACUGAGGACCGCCGCGCGGAAAUGUUGGCAAGCCAUUAUGAGUCGACCGGCGGGUCAAGAAAGGUGGAAAUGUUUAUUGAGGAGUUACGACAGGCGGGUCUCGAGUCGACCGGAGAGGCAAGGAAGCAGCUACAAUUAUUGAGUCGACUCAAAAAUCGACUCAUUACACACGGAGAGUCGACCGGAGAGGCAACGAAGCAGCUACGAUUUUUUUCGGCAUCUACCACAGCUACCAUGAACGCGGCUAGCGCUACCACAGGAAUUGAAAGCUUAUCUCUCGCGUUAGCGACGACACACGCGACAUUGGCGACGAGCAAUGCGACGAGCAGCGCGACGAGUAGUGCGACGAGUAGUGCGACGAACAAUGCGACGUCAGCGACGGCCCGAAGGCGCGAGCUUUUGCUGUGGCGAAAGCGAAAACAGCGAAAGCGCAAGAGUUCGUACAUCUUCUGUUACCGGGACAUGUACACGCGUCAGCCGGCGGCUUUGGCAGCAAUAAACGCGGGUCGCAAUCGGCGGCGGUGCCCCAGCGGGACCGUGAAAAGCGCCGGGGCGUGCUACGACCGAUGCGACGCGGGAUACAAGGGCAAAGGACCGGUGUGCGCCCGGCGGUGCUCGCUGUACGGGCCGAGCUGGGUGGACUGCGGAUAUGGAUGCGCGCCCGACUACCCCAUGUGCGUGAAGACAACCUACAGACAAGCCGGGGCGUUCAGCUUCUUUUUCUUCAAGGUCUAUCUGCCCGGAACCGGCCCCUUCUUUGAUAUGGCCAUGAAGCUGGGCGCCUUCGCUGCUAAGCUCUACAGGCGGGUUAAGCCGUCCAAGUACAGGAAGAGAAAGGACUUUGCGGCUAUCGAGGCAGACACUAUGGAGUCUAGGAGCAUGGGUGCUACCUUCCUCGCUGCAUUCGGCGAGCCGGUCAGGAACGAGAGCCGGACACAUGUGACUCUCGUCCCCACCCAUGCCAAGGACAAGCAAGCCGCCUUCGCCUCCUUCCGCGCCUCCCACUCAGUCAUGAGCCAGCCCAUUCGGAAAGCCGCACGAGCGCUGGUGUCGGCUGUCCGGCUACUCGACACGGUGGUGAAUGUGGAGGACUUGGCAAAAUACGACCCCUCGGGCGUGCUCAACAUGGUGGUAUCCUUCGGCCACCCCAUGUGCCGGAAUGACGCCUGUGUCAAGUGCGUGACCACCCGGGCCACUCCCUGCAUCAUUGCCCCCACAUGCGUCGCGGGAAGGUGCAUGAACCUCGGGCAGAAAAAAGAUGGGUCGUCCUGCGCCGAUUUCGACUGGGGGGGGAAUUCCUACACUGGGCACUGCCAGGCUGGCGAGUGCGUCAGCAAGGCGGUCCAAUCGUAUUACGCCAGCCGGCAGAAGGAUAAGAUGUGGAUUCCGGAGGGCUACGUGGAGCCGAAUGUGACUGUAGUGGUGGAUCCGGGAGUGUAUAGUACGAGCGAAAGGGAGUAUAUCGAGACGAGUUUGGGGUAUUGGGACGAGCUGGCGAGGGAGUCGGAGACGUGCACGUUGAAUAACGGCGGGUGCGGGUCGUUCGUGUGCCAAGUGGACGUGGAAAAGAAGACAACGGUCUGUGUUGACCCUCAUGGCCACGGCUUUGCACCCGCCCCUCCUGCUAUUGACUUCCCAUCUGCCUCCAACCUAUCUUAUCAAUACCCACUUCACCCUUUGGCCUGUAUGGAGCAAUGCAAAAAUGAUCCACGGUGUAACCUUGUGGUUACCACACGUGCGCACGAAUGCUGGCUCAAGGGUGGUGAGCCUGGCCCUCCUGUCGAAGCCGAUCGAUCGGUCCAGGCUUAUAAGAAAUUAUUAGACGGGCCUGAGGCUACUAGCAUGGUCAUGGAAACUGGAGUUGUAGACACAAGUGUUAUGGGGGAGGUUGUUGAUAAGCGAAUGAGUGAGAAUGGUAUAUUCCUUGUAGGAGCAUCAACGUGAGUGUGAGAUGGUAUGUAGGUUAUGUUAUACCAGUAUGUUGUACCUAUAAUAAUGGUUCAACGAUUUU